AUGCCACCCACUCUCCCGCCUCUUGCGGCCCUCUUCCUGACCCAUUUCCACGAGCUCAAGGGCCAGGAAGUCGUAUACUAUGCCUCCCUCUCGGACGACCUCCAGGCCGGUCUGAUUGAACACACUUCGCUGCCAUCUGGCAUGCACCUCCGUGACACGGAUCUUGUGGUCUUCUCUCACCAUGGACUGCCGGGCGCGGGCCUGUUCCGGUCGCGUGUACUUGAAGGCGAGGGCGCUGGCCGCGGACGGCGUAUGGGCACACUCGGUGUGGUCUUGGCACCACCGGGAUCGCCCGACGACGUCUUUGACCUCGCCACGCCCCUCGAGGACCUGUAUGACAAGCUUGAGGGUGUAGACAACCCAUUCUCAACCGACGACCCUGAUGGGCCUGCAGUCAAGGCGCUGCUGGACUCGGUGUGGGAGAGUUUACGCGCCAAGACAAGCGAUGCUCCGGCAUUACAGACCGCUACAACCGUCGCACUGCGUCUGUCUCGUGGUAUGAGUCCUGCGCACCCUGCGACGUACUUUUCAGCACUACUGGCCAUGCUUGGUCCCACGAUCAUCACAGUGUACAAGGCGUCAUUGUCCGGGCAACGCAUUCUACUGUACGCGCCACCGCCCCUCCUCCCUCUCGCCGCAUUUGCAUGGUGUAUCUGGGCCAUGGGCCUACCUCCUUCCUCUGCGGCGACCGGCGGCGCGCGUUCAUCAACGUGGCUCGGCCAGAUCGGCCUUAUGGACAUGGACAGCGUCAAGAAGCGUCACAGCGGCUGGGUCGCAACCACCUCUGACCUCAUGUACAAGUCUCACACGGACGCGUACGACGUGCUCAUCGACUUUUCUGCUUCGCUUCCCAAGGACGACAGCGACGUCCGCUCGCCAACAACACCUCCUGUUGCCCCGACUGUGUUGGUGACCACUCCCAACGACAAGGACACCCGGGCCAAGCCGACAACCACCAGCGCAACGUAUGCGUUCAAGGACCUCGCGCUGUACCGCUCACUCGUGCUGUUGGACCAGUCUCCGCGCGGCGUCCACGCCGAGACUGUCGGAUUCAGCGCGACGUCGCGCGCCGGCGGCAUGUGGCUUAUCGUGUUUGAGAUGCUGGAGCGGAUCUGGAACCUCUGUGUCGGCGUGUGCGAGUUUGCCCUUGGUCGCGGACAGGUCGGCCACAUUGCCCUCGACGACGACGACAUUGACCAGGACAGCGCACGCCAUCUGCUCGGCGCCGACCUCGUCGGAGACGAAGACGACGAGGAAGACGAUGACGACGACGACGAGCCUCUCUCUGGGGACCGUGUACCGGACGACCUGGCACGACGCGGUCGGCUAAUUCUCGACCAGUUCCACCACAAUGCGUACCACCUCUAUGCGCGUUUGGUUAGUCAGGCUGCUGGCAACUGGGAGUUGACAGACGCGGAUGUGCGCCAGUUGACAGGUGCUUCGCGUCUUUCACCCUGGGGUGGUCGGGAAAGCACAGAGGGUAGGUACUGGCUAGCCCUUGCGCGUGCUUGGAACGUGGAACCCUCUGUGGCUGAUGAGGGGUCCGAGGGUGAAGACUCGUAG